AUGAUAAUUAAUCGUAAUUACAAUACAAUGAUGAUGGCGACAACGACGACAACUACAAUGAUGGAUGGUAAUAAUCAACAAACUGCUGAUAAUAUCGGUAAUAAUGUUGUUGGAUCAACAACAACAACAACAGCAACAACAUCAUCAUCAUCAUCAUCAUCGAUCAUAAUGGAUGCAGCCACUUUAAUGGAUAAUUUUCUUAAAUAUUAUGAAGAACGUAUGGUAUCAUACAUUUAUCAGCAACCACAUUUACCGCCAACAUCGUUUGAAUUGAAAUUGAAACAUAAACAAACUAAACAAGAUUUAUUGAAUAUGUUUGAAAAACAUUUACGUACUGAAUCCAAUCAAAUGGAUCCAAUUGUAAUGAUGAAUGAUUGCAAUUUUCUUUGCAAACAUUUGGAUAAUUCAAUGGAACAAUCGUUCAAUUCAAUAAUGGAAUUAUCAUUGAAAGAAUAUCGUCUAUGUCAAACUGGUUUCAUUAUUGGCUGGAAAGAUAAUAAACAACGACAACAACCACAGCAAUCGCAACAACAGCAACAAAAUGCUUCCAAUUCGAAUAACAAUAAUAAUCAUCAUCAAUUAAUCAAUGCCAAAUUAGCUGAUUAUUAUAUAGUCAAUGAUCGAUUCUAAUCGAUUUGAUGCUUCCUUGAAUCGUUGAUUGGUCAUUUUUUUCAUCUUUUAUUUUAAUUUUUUUUUCUUUUCGUUGU